GCAGCGAGAAUAGUGAGAGGGAGGAGAGAGUUAUAGAGCGGCGCGGAAGAAUUGUUUUACACAGAGCUGCUGUACCGAGGCGGGGUGAUCGGGCCACCGUGUGACGGAACUAUAGCCGGGGCGGGAAUAGACGCGAUAGUAGCAGCCACACUCCCACACUAGAGUUGGAGGGAAUCUGUGCGUCGUUGCGUGCUCGGCCCCGUCGGUGGAUGCGGCGCUCUCGUCCCUGAAGGGAAGGAACGGUGGAGGCAGCAAAGAUGCCGCAACCCAAAUCACGUAAAAUCGCCAUCCUGGGGUACCGCUCCGUGGGAAAAUCUUCAUUGACCAUUCAGUUUGUUGAAGGGCAAUUUGUUGACUCGUAUGACCCAACUAUAGAGAAUACAUUUACUAAGCAAAUUUCUGUGAAUGGACAAGAAUAUCAGCUUCAGUUGGUAGAUACUGCUGGACAGGAUGAGUUUUCCAUAAUUCCUCAGACAUACUCCAUAGAUAUUAAUGGAUACAUUCUUGUAUAUUCAGUCACAUCAAUUAAAAGUUUCGAGGUGAUUAAAGUUAUCCAUGAGAAGUUGUUGGAUAUGGUGGGAAAAGUUCAAGUACCCAUUAUGUUGGUUGGAAACAAAAAAGACUUGCAUAUGGAAAGGGUGAUAAGCUAUGAAGAAGGAAAGUCAUUGGCUGAAUCUUGGAAUGCUGCUUUUUUGGAAUCCUCUGCUAAAGAAAAUCAGACUGCAGUUGAUGUUUUUAAAAGGAUAAUAUUGGAGGCAGAAAAGAUUGAUGGCGGGUCUUCACAAGGGAAGUCGUCAUGUUCUGUAAUGUAAUUCCACUACACAAGACGCGGACACUGGGAAUAUAUUCUACUUGAAUAAGCAAACUGCCUGUUCUACUUCAAAACUAUGCUUUUCUGUUAACUAUUUCCAUGCCAGAGGAGCC